GUCGGAGUAAAAGUCGUUUAAUAGCUAAAGUUAUCCGAUAAAUACGGUUUCUCUCUCGUUUUCUCGCUGCGACUCUCUUCUUCUCCCUCCUCCUCCUCGAUUCUCCAUUUUCAGAUUAAAACACACAAAACAAGAAAUCUAAAAGUUAACGAAGAGAGAAUCUAACAAUGGCGGAUCAGCUCACCGACGAUCAGAUCUCCGAGUUCAAGGAAGCCUUCAGCUUAUUCGACAAAGAUGGUGACGGUUGCAUCACCACCAAGGAGCUGGGAACUGUGAUGCGUUCUCUCGGACAGAACCCAACCGAAGCUGAGCUCCAAGACAUGAUCAAUGAAGUUGACGCUGACGGUAACGGCACCAUUGAUUUCCCCGAGUUCUUGAACCUCAUGGCUCGUAAGAUGAAGGACACUGACUCCGAGGAAGAGCUCAAGGAAGCGUUCCGGGUCUUUGACAAGGACCAGAACGGUUUUAUCUCGGCUGCUGAGCUCCGUCAUGUGAUGACAAACUUAGGCGAGAAGCUUACCGAUGAAGAGGUUGAUGAGAUGAUCAAGGAAGCUGAUGUUGAUGGUGAUGGUCAGAUUAACUAUGAGGAGUUUGUUAAGGUCAUGAUGGCUAAGUGAUGUGGUUUUGGUUUCCCUCUCUCUCUCUCUUACUAUUAUGUAAUUCUUAUAUUUACUUUAUGUAUGUUCUUAAAUUUUUAUUCAUGGGACUCUCGGUUCUGUUUUCUGGUUGUUUAAGACCAAAUGCUAUCUCUUUUAUGCUUUGCGUCUGAA